AUGCGCGCAGCAAGAUAUUACGGCAAAGAGGACAUCAGGAUUGAGGAUGUGGAUGAGCAGAAGUGCGGGGCGGGACAAGUCAGGGUCGCACCGGCCUUCGUAGGCAUCUGUGGGACAGACCUUCAUGAAUACCUCGGGGGACCUAACUUCGCGCCGACGACACCGCACCCGUGCACGAACGAAACGAUCCCUAUCACGUUGGGGCAUGAGUUCUCUGGAACUGUGACUGAAGUGGGUUCGGAUAACUCGAGCUUUACGGUGGGCCAGAAUGUCGUUGUUCAGCCGACGAUAUAUUGUGGGAAUUGCGAGGCGUGCAAGGCGGGCUCAGAAAACGUAUGCGAAAACGGUGGCUUCAUCGGGCUCUCGGGAGGAGGUGGCGGACUGAGCGAUUCAGUCGUUGUGCCUGAAGGCGCAGUAUUGAACUUGCCCACCAACGUACCUCUCGACGUCGGCGCGCUGGUGGAGCCACUGGCUGUUGCGUGGCAUGCUAUCUCAGCUGCUCCACUGACAGCCGAAUCCGUCGUCAUGGUCCUAGGUGGUGGACCGAUCGGGCUGGCAAUCGUCCAAUGUCUCAAGGCACUGGGCACCAAGAAGAUCAUCGUGAGCGAGGUAUCCGGCGCGCGGCAGCGCUUCGCGAGAGAAUUUGGCGCGCACCAUGUCCUCUGCCCCAAAACAUAUGAUGUUGCGAAGAUGAGCAAGGCUCUGAGUGGAAAGGAUGGAUCGGACGUGGUUUUCGACUGCGCUGGCGUUCCCGCAAGUCUCACAACGGCUUGCACGGCGGUGCGCGCUCGGGGGACAGUCGUCAAUGUCGCGAUUUGGGAGAAGGAAGUUCCGUUCAACCCGAACAUGCUCGUGUUCCGGGAGGCGCAGUACACAGCCGUUCUGGGCUACCAAAGAAAGGACCUCGAGGCCGUCAUCGAACAUCUAGCUGCUGGUAAGUUGUGCGGUGAGCGAGAACUACUACCUUCGGAUGCUGACUUGUCUUUAGGUACUCUAAAACCCAUGAAGAUGAUUACCAGCAAGAUUAGUCUGGAGGAUCUGGUAGAAGGCGGGAUCAAAGCCCUGAUCAACGACAAGGAGAACCAUGUCAAGAUCCUGGCCAUGUCGCAGUACAACUCGAUGCCGUCCCCAGGGGUCUACGUUCCCCCAUCCCAAGGCUCUCCAGCGCAAGGCGCCCAGCGGCCCUCGAGCUAUCAGCCCAAUGCCACGAACUAUGGAGCACAAUAUCAGGCUCAGAAGGGAGGAGGCACGUUUGGCCAGAUGAUGAAUCAGCGGCUUGAGCAGGCGGUGACAACAGGAAAGCCAAUGUUGAACAAGCUGGGCAAGACUAUAAGCUCAAAGCUAGGGAACAAGCCUUCGGGAGGCCCACCGCAGCAUCUGCAGAGCUAUCAGAGUUACCAGACUCACUUUGGGCAGCAGGGUCAGAAUCAACCAUACCAGCAACCUCAGGGUCAGGCUUUCAGUCCUCAGCCGCAACAGCAGCAAUGGGCACCACCGCAGCAACAACCCCCACCUCAAGCGCCGAAUGCCUACCCACCUUCACAGCCGUCUCCAUAUCAGCACUCGACCAACUCCACACCGGCUUCCGGCCACUCGGGGCAGAGCAACUACUUCCCAUCGCAGCCGACGCAAGCGCCCACAACACAAUCUCAUACGCCGCAGUCGCCGCUCACUACCACGGGACAUAAUUCCUGGCAAAACAGUCAAGGCGGCGGGAUAGCGGAGCAUACACAGACACACGGAUACAAUGGGCAGAACCAGGCGCAGCCGGGUCAGCCUCAGGCGCCUGUCCCACAACCGACACAUGAAUCUGGCCAAUAUACUGGACAGCAGACGGGAGUAGUAGGAGGCUACAAUGCUGUGCAGCAUACACCAUCACCCCACACUUCGACUAUGUCUCCAGGGAUACCCGCCCAGCCCAUGCAGCCACAAUGGGAACAGGCUACCGGGCAGCAGUCGGGUUCCCCAACAUAUUCCACACAGCAGAACAUCACUGCGGCAAGUCCGCCACCUCAUCCACAGCAACAGUGGAAUAGCCCGUCUCCAGGUGGUGCAUACGGCCAAGGACAGUCGCAGAUGCCUGCCCACUCCGUCAGCCCUCCGCCACCUCAAGUGCCGUCAAACAAGCCUGCACAGUCAAGUCAGUCGUCAACGCCUGCACCGCAUCAGACACAAUAUGCUGCGCCACACGAGUUCAUUGCAGAGCUUCCUGCAGAUCUUGGAAACUUGACUAUUGCAGAAUCCAAGCCGAAGGAACGUGAACCAUCGGUCUCAGGCUCGCAAUAUCAAGCCUUCCACCCUUCGCUAUCUCCGACUGGAUCGCCAUCGCCUGGCUUUACCAUUCCUCGGCGGUCGUUUAGUGUCAGCACGAUUCCACUGGCUGAUCCGUGGAGGUUUGCAGAUGCGAUCACUGAAGUUCCAACACGCGAGUUCUACAUUCUGGCCGAUUUGCUUUUUGACGCUCUGGACCGGAAGUUUGAGCCAAAGAACACGGGCCUUCUGGAAGCACCAAAGAUCAUCGGAAGCUGGGUGAAAUUGACCGAAGACGCGUGUCGUCUUUUUUGCUACAGGUCCUAUAGCGCUUUUGCAAAGCUGUGGAGUCUCGAGGGUAUCCCCCACAUCAUGGUGCCCUGCCAAUCCAACCUGACACCAAACUGGAACUUUAAUCAACAUUCACAUGCGCAAGAUGCAAAAGUAAUCGCUGAUGUGCCAACGCCGAUGACAACAUACACAACGUACAUGCCGGCUCUGAACCGGGCGGGAUGGUACAAAUUCUUCUUUCUUGAGAUGAUGCACGCGCCAGAAGAUAUCGGUGAUUUGAUGGCACUGUGCGCAGACACGUAUAAGCCGAGAGUGCUGAACCACCCCGACCUCAACAAGCGGGACAAAACAGAAAUGCCAGCACUGCAGGCCAGAGCUGCAGCGAUUCAGACAUUUGCGAUCGGGCGCGCAUGUGCAGAGACGAAGGUUGCGAUGGCAGUCGACCCCGAUGUUCUUCCGGCGCACACGCACUCUACCGCACCUACCUCGGGACCCACGCAGACUGGGGCAGGUAUGACGCCACAGGACAUGACGGUGAGCAUGCACAAGAUCCAGGCAGAGCGGCAGUUGAAUGGCAUGGCAGCCUGGAAAUGGUAG